GCUGUGCAGGACCAGGGGAGAAAUAAGGUGGCAGAGGCUGGGGACAGAGGCAGUCAAGUAUAAUGAGUCUUGGAUUCCAGGUAGGGAAAUUCAGAGGAUUAUUCUUCAAGCAGCUGGGAGCCCCUGAGAGCUCUUGAGCUGAGGAUGACGUGGCAGGCAGUGGGUUUGCCAGAAGCAAGCUUGGCUAGGCUGGUGGGAGCAGAGUUCGGGGCACGGCUCUGCGGAGUUCCCAGCACUUGGGGCGGCCUUGUUUUGUGGCACUAUGGGGUGACAGGCCAUCAGGAGGUGCCCUGCCACCCCCACCCCCCCGUGCUGCUCUUGGCGAGUGCAGUGGAGGCCUGAGUGGAGGUGCAGUGGAAGGUUAAGGCAUGUGGGGCUGUGUGGGGCUGCCCUGGGAAGUGAUCUGCACUCUAGGAAGACCACACAUGAGGAACAUCCGUCCUCCCUUGAGCCUGCCCCGCCCCCAUGUGGACUGUAACGCUGAGUUUUUCUUCUAGCUGAGCAGUAGCUGCUGUUAGGCACCAUCCUGUGGCCCUGGAAGUCGCCACUACUGCUGCACCAGCAUUCACCAACCUGACGAUGUUAGAUAUGAAUCCGGUUCACCCAGAAAACGAGGAGGACAUGGCCACCAAGGAGAAGCUGCAGUGUCUGAAAGACUUCCACAAGGACAUCCUGAAGCCAUCCCCAGGAAAGAGCCCAGGCACACGGCCUGAGGAUGAGGCUGAGGGGAAGCCCCCGCAGAGGGAGAAGUGGGCCAGCAAGAUGGACUUUGUGCUUUCCGUGGCCGGUGGCUUCGUUGGCUUGGGCAACGUCUGGCGUUUUCCAUACCUCUGCUAUAAAAACGGUGGAGGUGCAUUUCUCAUACCAUAUUUUAUUUUCCUGUUUGGGGGCGGCCUGCCUGUGUUUUUCCUGGAGGUAAUCAUAGGCCAGUAUACCUCUGAAGGGGGCAUCACCUGCUGGGAAAAGAUCUGCCCCUUGUUUGCUGGUAUCGGCUAUGCCUCCAUCGUCAUCGUGUCCCUCCUGAACAUAUACUACAUCAUCAUCCUGGCCUGGGCCACAUACUACCUGUUCAACUCCUUCCAGUCGGAGCUCCCCUGGGCCCACUGCAACCACAGCUGGAACACGCCCCAGUGCCUGGAGGACACAUUGCGCAGGAAUAAGAGCCUAUGGAUCUCCCUCAGCACCACCAACUUCACCUCCCCAGUCACCGAGUUCUGGGAGCGGAACGUGCUCAGCCUGUCUUCCGGCAUCAGUGAACUGGGCACUCUCAAGUGGGAUCUUGCCCUCUGCCUUCUUCUGGUCUGGCUGGUCUGCUUCUUCUGCAUCUGGAAGGGCGUCAAGUCCACGGGGAAGGUUGUCUACUUCACGGCUACUUUCCCAUUCGCCAUGCUCCUGGUGCUGCUGGUCCGUGGGCUGACACUGCCGGGCGCAGGCGCGGGCAUCAAGUUCUAUCUGUACCCUGACAUCAGCCGCCUGGAGGACCCACAGGUUUGGAUCGAUGCUGGGACCCAAAUAUUCUUCUCUUACGCCAUCUGCCUGGGGGCCAUGACCUCGCUGGGGAGCUACAACAAGUACAAGUACAACUCAUACAGGGACUGUAUGCUGCUGGGAUGCCUGAACAGUGGUACCAGUUUUGUGUCUGGCUUCGCAAUUUUUUCCAUCCUGGGCUUCAUGGCACAAGAGCAAGGGGUGGACAUUGCUGAUGUGGCUGAGUCAGGUCCUGGCCUGGCCUUCAUCGCCUACCCGAAAGCUGUGACCAUGAUGCCGCUGCCCACGUUUUGGUCCAUCCUGUUUUUUAUUAUGCUUCUCUUGCUUGGACUGGAUAGCCAGUUUGUUGAAGUGGAAGGACAGAUCACAUCCUUGGUUGAUCUUUACCCAUCCUUCCUAAGGAAGGGUUUCCGCCGGGAAAUCUUCAUCGCCUUCAUAUGUUGCAUCAGCUACCUGCUGGGGCUGACGAUGGUGACGGAGGGUGGCAUGUAUGUGUUUCAACUCUUUGACUACUAUGCAGCUAGCGGUGUAUGCCUUUUGUGGGUUGCAUUCUUUGAAUGUUUUGCUAUUGCCUGGAUAUAUGGCAGUGAUAACUUUUAUGACGGGAUCGAGGACAUGAUCGGCUAUCGGCCUGGGCCCUGGAUGAAGUACUGCUGGGCCGUGGUCACACCUGUCCUCUGUCUUGGAUGCUUUAUCUUCUCUCUUGUCAAGUAUGUACCCCUGACCUACAACAAAGUCUAUGUGUACCCCGACUGGGCCAUCGGGCUGGGCUGGAGCCUGGCCCUGUCCUCCAUUCUGUGUGUCCCCUUGGUCAUGGUCAUCCGCCUCUGCCAGACGGAAGGGCCAUUCCUCGUGAGACUCAAGUACCUGCUGGCCCCGAGGGAACCCAACCGCUGGGCCGUGGAGCGUGAGGGAGCCAUGCCCUACAGCUCCCGCUCAUCCAUCAACAGCGCCCUCAGGAAACCCACCCACAUCAUAGUGGAGACCAUGAUGUGAGCUCUCUCCAGCCUCCAGGCUGCUUUCCUGCUGUUUACUAACAUUAGAUUCUCAUAGGACCAGGUUUACAGAGCUUUAUAUUUGCACUAGGAUUUUUUUUUAAUUGUCACAGAAAAUGUUACUGUGUGUGUAUGUGUGUGAGAGAGAGAGAGACACACAGAGAGAGGGGUGUGUGUGUGGUGUCAUGUGGAUGUGUGUGUUUUGUUUUGAUUUGAGGAUAUUUUGUACAAAAAGAAACCCCACGGGCAGAUGUCCGCGGAGAGGCAGAGCUUUCAUAUGGAAUUAGAUGUAUUUUAUGAGAACUUGGUAAAUUUUUCUUUGUAUUUUUUUUAAGCAUAUAACUGUGGAUACACGUAGAAAUUGUCAUACACUUUUACCACUUGAAUUGAUCUUGCCAGCAAUAGAUCUCGUUUUCAAAAGCAAUUCUUUGGUGCUUAUAUAGCUGGCAGAAAGUUCUGCCCCCCCCCCCCCCGCAAAUGCAGGGGAGAAUUUUUCUGGGACAGCAGACCCAUUUUAAAGGUGUAGUACCUCACAAACCUGGUUCAAGUGAAGCAAACGGCGGCGGGGGAGGGAGAAAGGAGAGCGGUCAGGAGACCUCAUGACACUUGUCUUGGCCAACAAGAGGGACGCCAGAGGAGCGAAGCAAGCCCUCCUCGAAGGGGCUCACUUAGAUCCACAGAUGAGGCCUGACAGCGAAGUUCUAAUGUUCAGAGCAGUGGGAACUGUUGUGUGGAGCAGAGUUCCUAUAAUUUUGAGGUGGAGGGUGGAGAGUCAGAGGCCUGUCAGAGCCAGUGGCCCACGAGGGAGCUGUGUCCUUCCUGGGGCAAUCCAGGAGAGUGUGGCAGCCAGCCUGCAGGUGCUGAGGGCUCACACCAAUGGGCCUGUCACACCUGGUGGGGCCCUGUCAGGUUCUGCUUCUUGCCCAGCCGACAUCAUGACAUAUUUGGCAUGACCCGAGGGGUGGGGGGAUUGAGGGAGGUGUCCCAGGUGCUCUAGCCAGUGUCAGGAGUGGGGAGCUCCACCCUUGGCUCGGCCCUGGUCCCCCGGAGACUCUUGCUCAAGAUCCCAGCCCCGGGCCACCCCAGCACCCAGCAGGGAGUGCCACAAGCGACCUCUGAUUGGGGUCACAUAAUCCCCAGACUCCUCCAAGUUCAGCCACCUGUGCCACCCUGGUGGUGACCUGGGAGAUGAGGAAAUGCUCCCUCGAACCCACAAAAGCUGCGGUCAGGCAUGCGCUCUGUGGGACAGGGAUGAGGGGUGAGUCAGGAUGUUCGGGGACGGGCACCCCAGCAAUGGCCUGACCCAGAGCUUGUUUGGAGCAGCACUCCUGAACCAGGAGAGAAGGUACUCCACCUUUAAAAUCCCAGCUUCGGAUGCGCCUCCACCCCAGCCCGCAUUCGGACCUAAGCUGUGCCAUUUAAACAGAAACUUCCAAGUUCAGAGUCUAAAGUAAACCGAAACACUUUCACACACAAACAGCAGUGACUGCCUCGAGGGUAUGCAGCACGCAGUCCAGCUCAGGCGUUUAGAGCAGGGUGCUCCGAGUCCUGGCACCCCGUCCCCAUAUCCCAGCAGCGGAGGGGCCCUGGGUGUCCCCCCAAGGGCAGAGGCAGUUCUGAACCUCUCGUCCUUGGCGAGCAUUCACAGUCCGCUGUCUCCAAACCACGUGCUCUGCCAAACACCCAAUCCUAUUCCACACCGUUAGCAAGCCUGUGUUCCUGUUGUACUAUGUAUUUAUGGUUGCCACUGUGUCUGAUUUGAUUUUUAUUGUUUUGGGGGUUUUUCCCCUGAUUUUACUGAGUAGCAAUGUGACCUGUUUUCCUUUGUCUUAUGGAACUUUCGUUAACUAACCACUGUCGAUGACUGGGGACAGGUGACAUGAGGGAGCCCGGGGGGACUCAGACCCCGGGUGAGAGGCCACAGUGUUGCGGGUUGGUAGGCAAAUUGCAACAUUCUGGAAGAGGCCGGAGAGAGGCCUCUUCUUAUAAGAUUCCCAGACCAAAUUCUAGACCAAAGACACAUGCAGACCAAGUUCGCCAGGCCCUGCCUGGAAGGAAGGUCAGCCACCUCCCCGAGCCUGAUCCUCGCCAGUCUCCUGGGCACCUGUCUCCUGUCUGAGCCCCUGGCUCUUCUGUAUCCUCAGAACUCUGCUCUGUGAGCACCAUGUGUGAUGAUGUGACUUUUAUGUCUCUGCAUAAAGAAAACUUGUGAUUGGGGCUCAUGACUCUGGUCCGCCCUCCUCUGGGCACUAUGCCUGGGAUGGGUUGGAAAUUCUGAUGCUGGCAGCCAGAUCUACAAGGGAUGCAAGGGAGAUGUUUAAAGGAUGCUUUUAGGAGGCAGAAGUGGGUGAGGCCCCAGGUAAUCUCACCCAGGGAGAAGCUCCGCUGAGCUGGGCCUGGGCCCUAUCAUUCCCUGCUAUGGAGCCGCACAGUCAGUGAAGGACAGGCUUCCAGGGCCCCCCAGUCAGUGUCCUUGUGGUCAAAUGGGCCUGUUCUCCCUGAAGACCAAAGAGCAGCCUUUAUGAAAAAGGACAUGCUCUGUCCCCAGCAUUCAGAGCAGCACCCCACCCCCUGAUUAUCCUCUGGGGCCAUCUGGACUCCAAGCUGUGGCUCAGUGGGACAGGCACCCCUGGUUCACCUGCCCCUGCCCCCGCAGUCCUCUGAGUGAGACACUAGACCCCUGUUAAGCUGGGAAGCCAGUUGAGGUGUAGGAGGCAGAGCCCCUGGGACAGAAUUUUGCCUGAGGCCACAUGGGAAAUGCCCAUGCAGCAGGAAGUGGUCUUGGGUGAUUUCUGGACAAUACACACUCCCCCUCGGUACCUCUGGUCCCACAUUCUCACCCCAGAUCUCCAGGACACCCCAAGAUUGUGAGGAAGCACAAGAGGAGAGGGACACCCCCCACCUCAGCCUAGCACUGGGUGUUCUCAUAUCCCCAGGCGCCAGGGCACAGUGGUCAGCGGCCCAGCCAGCAUCUCCCAGAACCAUCCCUCGGGAUGGGACAGUGCUCUGGGCAGCCCGAGUGCUAAGGCAGACUGCCUCCCUUCCCCAUGCUGCAGACACAGGCCAGCAAAGCACCUGAGGCAGCUAGAGAGCCCAUCCAGCCCGCAGACCCAGUGUCAGGUGGCCCCAGGCCGGUCUGUCCACGUGGAUGCUGUAAACAUCACUGUGCAAAAGUCCAACAAGCACAAAACCACAGGAAAGCAAAGCUCAGAUACCAAAACCUGGAGAGGAGUGUGGGCAGCCAGAAGCCAGGAAACAGCAUUUCUCCCCAGUCCCUCCCUCUCAAUGCCUGGCUUUCAGACUGCAGUUCCCAAGCUGUGUUUCAUUGUUCUCCACGGUUUCACUACAGACAUGCUCCCUGAGGGCCUGGAGCAUCUUGGUGUAUGUCUGGCUUCAAACUGAGAUGUUGGCUCCAUUUUUUUUUUAACCCAGUUAAUUCUUGAAUCCCUAGCAACUGUGACUCUCAGCCCAAGAGAAAGCUGAGAACGUGGGUCUUGCCUCCUUCCAGAAUAUGUCUGGCUCAUCAGGACUUUUUUUUUUAAACUUCGAAUAUUUUUAAGAUAUUUUAAACUUUUGUAAAAAAAAAAAAA